CACUGACUUCAACAGGAAGCUCGGAUAAAUCUGCAAACCCUUCAGGAUCUCCAUCUGGGGCCGAAACUUCACCUGAAACCGCUGUGGAAGCUUCACUAACAGCACAAUGUGCAGAUGGAGGGUCAGACAUGGCUCACAACCGGAAGUGACGACAUUCGGGGCUUAGUCCAGCUAGGAAGAAAGCUAGCGAGGGAAUUAGCCUGCGUUCCUCUUUAGCUAUUCUCUGGAGUAUAUACGAGUCUAUACGGUAUAUAUCUAUAUGGUCUGCAUAAAAUGUAAGACGUGUGUAGAUAUUAUUUAUGACCAUAUAUAUUAUGGUUCAGGAGAAAAAGCCACUAUUUGAAGCACAACUUAGUUGACACUCGAAACCGGAAGUGACGUUUCUACACACAGCUCUACGGUGGCCGUUUUCACGCGCUGCUGUAAACCUGCUGCUUCUUUAUCCGAGAUAAAUGAAUUAACAACAGAAACACAGUCAUAACUAACAGGUCAGGAUGAUCCGCAGGUCAAGGAUCAGUGUGCGGCCCAACGUGAAGCCCACAGGUAGAGCUGCAGUGACGUCUCGUGAAGCUCCUCAAGGAAACGAGGCUCCUGCUGACCUCGGUGCCAAUGUGGAAGUCAGAGAUGGAGCUCAGGAGAACGUCACAGAUGUCAAGGCUGCUUCUACUGUUCUGGCUGCAGAAUCUAAUGAUAACACAGAAAGCCAGAGCAGUGAUGUGACAGGCCAAUCAGAUCUCAGCUUGAACACAGUGGAUGUGGCAGGCCAAAGUGUGUCCACCAGCUCUUUAUCCAUGAGGAGAAAGCGCUUUAGUGUGCUGCCCAACCUCAGCAAACCCAGAAGUACACCAUCCUCUACCCUCACCUCAUCUAAGCUCCGUAAAUCUCCUGCCAGGCCAGUUAUUACCCCUGAAAUACCCUCUGCCUCCACCCAUAUUGCUGCUGUUGUUUCUGAAUCACCUGAUAAACAUGAACCGUCUCAGGAACCUGCACCAGAACUGCUUUCUGUCUCUAUCAAAUCAGUUAGAUCUCCAGCUCCCAAACUGCCCUCUUCAUCCGUCCACAGCAUUUCAAGGACCUCAAGAUUUCACACUGACGCCACAAAAUCUUCUCCUGAAAAAGUCUCAUCCACCCCAGAAUCUGCCCCAGAGCUCCCCCAUGCUCCACUUGCCCCAUCAGAAGGCAAAUCAAAACGGAGGAAACCCAAACCUGUAACUUCAGCUCGGGACAAAAAAGAGACAUCGUCAUGCAGAUUGGACAAAGCUGAGCCCCAGUCAGCCAAUCAGGAUGCAUCAGAAUCUUCUUGCCCCAGUAAAGGAGUUUGCUCCCCUCACUCUGCCUCGCUUUCUGAGUCACUGAAUGAACCUGUUGUUCAGGAUGGAAGUGACCUCAGCUCUCCAGGGGAAAGUAAUAAACCACAGCAUUUCCCCCUGGCCCUGAGGACCCUGAACGACCCAGUGGACCGUCUCAGGUUAGCACGGGCCAAAAAACUCAGAGAGCUUCUCAAGAAAGAGAUGAAGAAAGAAAAAAAGCAUCAGAGAUCUCAGACGGGAAUCAGCAAGAUUAAAAAAACAAAAGAUCACACCAAAAUGACCAUGAGAGAGCUCAUCUACUAUCUACCCUCUACUAACCCAAUGAAGUCACACACGGAGGACGAGCAGAGAGCUGAGACGGAUUUUCCUCCUUCCCCAAACGCAGCUCCAGCCGUCCAAUCAGUGACGGAAGAGAACGCAGCAGAGGAAGACGAGGAGCGAGAAGAAGAAGAGGAGGAAGAACCGACGCUGGCUCCCAGAGUGAAGGUGGCGGAGGACGGAUCUCUCAUCAUAGACGAGGAAAGUUUAACUGUACGGGUGCAGAGGAUGAAGGGACCGAAUCCGGUGGAGGAGAGAGAUCCCAUAUUCGAGCGCGGUUCUACCACCACCUACUCCAGCUUUAGGAAAGGCACCUACACUAAACCCUGGUCCAGCCGAGAGACAGACCUGUUUUUCUUGGCCAUUAGCAUGGUGGGGACGGACUUCUCCAUGAUCGGACAGCUGUUUCCUCAUCGAGCUCGAACAGAGAUUAAGAACAAGUUCAAAAAGGAGGAACGAGCAAACUCGUGGAGAAUAGACAAAGCGUUCAAGGAGAAACGUGGCUUAGACCUCGAUUUCUUCAGUACGCUGCUGGCGCAGAUCCUGAAAAACGACGAAGAGAAACGCAAAAAAAAGAAACGCACCUCUCAGAUGUCCAAGCUUCCCCGCCGGAGACCAGAAGAGAGGAAGAGGAUCUAUUCUUCAGAUUCGGAGGAGGAAGAGAGUUCGAGCGGUGAAGCUAUGGACGGAGAAAAGGAAAACGAGAUCGCGUGUAACGACGGAGGGAGCGGCGCUACGCCGAAAAGAAGGAGAACGGAAGCAUCAAAGAAAAGAACUGAACAGGAAGCAGAGGAAGAGGCCGAGAGAUGCUCUAACGAAGAGACGUCGCUCGUUAACGAGUUGGAAGAAGAGGAGGCCGGGAGCUUCGGCGCGAAACCGCUGCGGAGACGGAGGAACGGAGGUCCUGUGGUGCAGAGAAAAGCUCAGGACACACACACCUCCGUCAGGGACGAGCACACAAAGGAGACAGACACACAUGAUUCUUCAGCCUCCGUACAAGAGAAGACGAGACACGCUUCCGACGUCGUCUCCUGUGGGCUGCAGGACUCUGAGAACGAGGAGGAACCUGAUGUGAGCAUCAUUCAAGAGCACAUUCUCAACAAGCCAACCAGGUCAGGCCGGAUCCCCAAACUCUCUCAGCAGAUGAUCCGUGCAGCAGCAGAUGAAGAGGAUGACGAGGAAGAAGAGCAGCUUCCAACCCUCCCUCUUCCACCCGACGGUCGAACUCGGGGCUCUCGGGCUAAACGGGGCAAGUGGUGCCCCCAACGGCAGGGCAAAUCCAGACUGCUUACCUUACGUGCCUCGGUUGCUGAGGACGAAGAUAACGUUGAGGAGGAAUACGGUACAAAUCAGGAGGAAGAAAACUAUCCGAUGAACGCAGAGGAGGAAAACCAGGCCUUCGUGCCGAUGGGACUACGUUCUGUUAGAACUGUGCAGUCUGAGGUGGAGGAAACCAUGGAGGAGUUGGACAUCUCAGUAAACGUUCCCGACGUCCUGGGAAUUUCCCAGAAUGCCGUGUGCCCUGAAUCGUCCUGCGAGAGGGCGCUCGCCAGCAUGGGCUCCGUGCCCUGUGAGCAUCAGCUCGACCUCCUCGUUGGUGUGAUUGAUAUCCUGGCGCCGGACGACAUGGAAGUGUCUGAAGAAGCAGCAAGGACUCUUUUGACCAUUGGACAUUCAGCUGAUGUGACCCAAACUGGAGAUCUGUCCAGUACAGGUGAUGUCAUCAUCGUUGAAGAGUCAUCAACUCCCAUCCAGGAAGUUCUCAUGGAAACGAUGGAUCAAUCUGAGACAGUCGAAAUCUGUGACAUGGUGACCUCUGACCCUUCCUUUAGCAUCACCUCACAAACCGAUUCAGUUAGUAGCAUCAGUAUGGAAGAUAAACCCUUAGAGCCGUCUCCUCUGCAGGACUUCGCCUCUACGGCGGAACCAAUCAGCUGUCAGGAAAGUAAACUUCUGUCGAUCGAAAUCCAAGCAGAGACCUCGAAUGUCACCGUUCCAGAACCAACAGCUUCGAAGACACGAAGGAACCAUCUGCCCAAACCCAAACCCAACGUGAGCAGAGCCUCUAAAACCACACAGAGGGGACCUGCAGAAGCAGUCGAAAGUUCUACAGAAACGUGCAGCACUCCAGUAAAGGACGAGGCGCAAAUAUCUACAGCGAAAGUCUUCGGUCCUGAAGAACCUUCUCAUCCAGGAUCUGAGGAACAGAACUCAGAAGUUUGUAAAGAAAGAGAAAAUGACCAAACUGAAGGAUGUAGCCCUGUCGUGCUGCUAGAGAAAAAGAUGGAGGAUGGAGAUUCAGGACAAAGGUCUUAUGUAGAGGAUGUGAGAAAAGAAGAAACGCCGCAAGCACACGGUGACUCCGAACCACGUUCUUCAGGUUCUGACAACUCUGUGAGACCUUCUCAGCUAGUCAGAAGAUGUCGAGGACCCAGAGCCAAACCGAACCUGGUGCGAAGCGUCAGAACCACACACACGGUCACACACAUCCAGCAGAACCGUCCAGCAGUUCCUGAUGAGAAGCGAGCUGGUGCAAACAAGUGUACCGGCAUCCAGCAGCCAGAGGAGGGCGCUAACCUCGGCCCCGAACAGGAAAGAGAAACUCCAAACAACCCUGUAAGGGUGAAUCCUGAUGAUAAUCCAGAGGAACCUCAGAGAUGUCUGUGUGAAACCGUAACGUCUGACGAGCCAGUGUAUAUCCUCUCUCUUACUGAGGUCCUGCCCACUCUCACAGAAAGGGCGGGGCUUGUGACUGAGUGUCUCACACUUCCUGAAACAUCAGGAAUGAUUUCUGAACCUAUGAAUGCCAUCGAAGAUGCCACUGCUGAUGUGGGAGGUGCAGGUCCAGAUGGAGAUCAGGUCAUCUCUCAGCUCCUCCCCGACGCUCUGAUUCCCGUCUCAGAGGAAGGAGAUGCAGAGAAACGAGGAAAUGAAACGAGCAGAAGAAAGGAGGAGGAAAGCUCGAGCCAACUCAGAAGAAGAGAACAUUCUCCUUUAACUCAGAACAUGCCUGCUCCAGAGGGACCCGAUCAACCACCUGUAGAACAUUUAGCAUCGAGGUGUACGACCGAGGAGAACCUUAAGGAGGUGGACCGUCCUAGUAAGAGGAGGAACUUUCCAGAAAGAGGCAGAAGAGCAAAACUGCAGCUUGAACCCAACACAGUUCAGAGGAAAAACCGUCGUGACCUGAAACCUCCGGACGAGACGAGAUCCGCACCCGCUUCAACACGUGAGACGAAGAUGUCCGAAGAAACAGGACCACAUCCUACGCCAUCAGAGAUCACGUCUUCAUCGGCAUCAACAGAAGAUUCAUCAUCAGCUGUAUUAGAAGAAGAAGAAGAAGAAGCUUUAUCAUCAGAUGUUUUGGAUAAAAACCGUAAAACCUCGACUGAUUUAUCAGCGCAGGGUCGUGUAAUCGUACCUUCACCUGUCGUGGAAGAGACUCCACCACCUCAAGCUUCUUCUCCUUCUCAAGGAAAUGUGGAAAACAUCAACUUUCCAGGAACAGACUCUGUGGAGCUUGGUGUCAGUGGGGUGGAGGUGGGGUCACAACCUGUCCAUCAAACACCAAACCUGGCUUCAACUGGACCUCUGACGAGACCUGGUAGGAGACCUAAAGGUUUCCUGUCCUUCAUGUCCAGUGCAAACACACAGAGACCCUCAGAGUCCACUCGGUCCACUCCACCUAAACCUGCUGUCGUCGCAUCUCGUAGAGGGCGGAGACAAGCCACGCCGAGCACCUCCACUCAACCUCCACCUUCACCUCCACCUCAACCUUCACCUCCACCUCAAUCUCCACAUGUGAGCUCGCAAACGCAGGCCGCGACGUCAGGCACGAACCCGAGCGCAGCAGAAGCAAACGAAGAGCCCACGAGCGUCUCGGCAUAUUUCUUCAACGACAUCUUCACCGUAGUGGAGGAACAGGACGAGCUCGACUGAGGACGCGGACGGACCAGGGACGAGAGAGCUGAGAAUUACGUGGACUCGCUAGCUCUUAUUAGCAGUAUUAGUGUGUUUAGUGUGAGACGGAGGUCACACCGUGAAUCAGGGAAAAACACACUCCUGUAGACAUUCCUGUCUUUUUUAAACCCCGAAUUUAGAUGAAGUCGAGCGAUCACGUGAUCAGUGCAGUGCCAGUUUAUGUGGAGUUCAGUGUUUGUCCUCGAUUCGUUUUUACCUCAGAAUUCUACAAAGCACUGAUGUUUGUCCUCUUCAGCAGAUCAUUUUAUUUCACAUUAAUCGUGUUUACAUCUAAUUCUGUAAAUAUGUCUCAGAAUUUCAUCAUCGUUGCCGUUUCAUUACCCACGACGCCGAUCGGCCCGAACCCGUCUUAUUGUCUGUACGAUUUACGGGUUUGUCUCGUCGCUCUUCUUCCAUUUCGCGUGGAGAAAAUUCACAAAUCGGAAAAAAGUUUGGAGAGUUUGUUUCUAUAGUAACGGCUCAUUCGCAGGGACGUGCGCGCCGGGCGCUCAGCACAUUUCGACUUGCGAUGUCAUAACGGCUUCAUCAGCCGACCAAUCGGAGGCUUUAAAUCCGCCCGGCGCAUGCGAACACUCCCUCGACUCUUAUCACUCUUAUCCUCUUUUACAUGAUUAUUAUUAUUAUUAUUAUUAUUAUUAUUUUCUUUCCAUCAGCUCGUUUUCCUUCUUUCUGCCCAUCCUUCCUUACUUUCAUUCAUUCCCAGAAUCACAGCAUCUUUAUAUUUUAGCGUCUUUGGGACUUGUGGGCGUGGCCUGUUCUUCUCAGUUUGUGGAGGAACCGCUUUUAAAAAGAAAUGAGGAGAAUUUGUCUAAGCAUUAGCGUUAGUCAGUGUUAUGACUAGAGCAUGGUUCAUUAUUUGCAUUACAGCCAUCACCGUGUUGUUGUGUUGUUUUGCUUGAACUGUGGGUUUUCAGCGUACACACAGCUUAGCUUUAACACAGAGGGAGUUCUCCACAGGAACCCAUCAUGAUCCGCUCUAACAUGUGCUUUCUCUUAGCACUCUGUACCGCUGCCGAGUCCGAACACGUCCAGACGUGUGUAGAUAUCUGUGAUGUGAUCCUGCCUGUACAGUCCACCAUGUUUUAAUUUAUAACCUUUUGUAUUUUUACUUCUGAACUGACUUUUUUUUUUCUUAUUGUGAACGACACAAGCAUCAUCUGUGACGUGCUAAUUAACACCACGUGUAAAUAUGUUAAUAAACAUUUAUUACGUGCUUUUAUUUCA